CCUGCUUGGAGUCCUGAGCGUUCGUUCGGUUGCGCAGUUUGUGUUUGUCGUGAAAAAACAUUUUGAAAACAAAACUGCAUACUAAUACUGUAGCACGACACGGAACUGCCCUCUUGGAACUACCUACCUACCUACCUACCUUACCUGACAUUAUCGUACCUGGGUUGGCAAUCGCAGAGCUAACAUCGAAAAAACAAUGAUGAUUUACACUACAGCAGCGGUUCUCAUUGUAGUCGGAGCAGGUCUGGUCAGGGCGCAAAAUGGUCACGAAGCGUACCUAGCGUCGAUUUGUUCGCCGAAAAAUUCCAGUGGUGACCCGAUUCUAGAGGUCCCUUGCAAUGCAGUUACGGCGAUACAAGCACAGUGCAUGUACGGGCCUGGAUCUCUCGAUAGGGUUCUCGCGAACAUGUACGGCUUUCAUCAAAAGCGACAAGAGGAUGAUUCUCCCGCAGGUCAAGACGACACUGAUAACGGACUGGCACUCCAGGGCAACGACACCCAGCGCGUCUGCAUCUGCGAAUCGUCAUUUUGGGAUCAAAUUGCCGGGUGCGUCGCUUGCUAUGCGAAGCACGGAUCGUUGGAGCUAGAAGGAACACUUCCAGAAUCUGUACUUCAGAGUGCCAGUUCCACAUAUUGCGCCGCGACUGCGACGGCUUCAGUCGGUCUCGCAGAAUUCCUUUACAGCAUGGCAAUCGGUGUGACACCUUCUGCUACGCCAACUGCCACUGGUGAUGGCAGUUCCUCAGUCAAGUAUGCUGAUCCUAUCGGUAACAAGACAGAGGUCAGCUACUACUACACUCAAGCUGUGACCGGAACCGCAGCAUGGUCGGUCCCACACGCCACUGGAACUUCUGGCUCCAUUUCAUUCACGACCACGAACAUCCAGGACGGCCAAAUUAGGCCUACUGCUUCGGUCAGCGGCAUUGCGUUGAACGCUACUGGCACACAAAGCGGCAAUGGCAACGGUGCUGGCAGGUAUGAGGCUGUGGGAACGUUGGGAAUCUUCGGUCUCGCAGGACUGCUAGCAUUCUUAUGAGUGCCACCUGCUGGACUACCGGCGCCGGGGACAACUGGGAUGGCGGCGUACCGUAAGAGCGAGUUUUCGCGUCGCAUAAGAAGGAGUUGGCUCUGCAUCUUUGUGGCGUUCUAGUGCUGAUCAGUCCAAGUUUGGAUUUGCCUCCAUGAUAUCCUUGACCGCUUUGGCUGCUUUCUUCUUCCGUUCCUCUUCGGGCAAGCCCACGCUCUGCUCUUUCACCGCGAGCAAUUUGGUCAUCAACUUGUCCAGAUCGUCAACUUGUAUAGCUUCCGAAGCAGGAGUGAAGUCGAUUUCAGGCGCAUCAUAUUCAUCCUCGUUGUUCAGCGCUGCUUUCAUGCCGAAUAGCUCGGCAGUCAUUUCUGCCUCUUCGGUUCCAAAAUCCCCAAAGUCGUCGGCUGUAAAGUCCAGGUCGUCCAGAUCGACAUCGUCGUCCAUUCCUGCCUCCCACUCGUUCGCUUCGAGUGCUUCUUUCAGUCGCUCGAAACCCAUCCGCUCACCGAACUCGUUUUUGCCAGCUGCACCGUAAUCGACAUACUCGAAACCAUACUGCGUGCACACAUCUUCCUGCUCUUCCUGAACUCCGAUUGCUCUGCUCACAGCCUGCUUGCCCAUGGGCUUCGCGACGGCAAGGAAAACAGCUUCUGAGACGUAUGAGUGCUCGUCUACCACUUGCUGUAUGCUCUUCAUGGUCUCCUCCGCUUCAGCACUAAUCCUGCCAUCCACCUGUCGCGGGAAGCAGUAGAUCCAUGCACCUACUGCGCCAACUACUUCUUUCGCCUCGGGCUUGAGGAAGUCGGACUUCCAGGACUGUACGUCGGAUAUUUCGUCAAUCCAGACCGGUACUCUCGCUUUGUAAUAUGUCGUUUCGGCGGUCCAUUCGUGCGUUAGUCCCGCGGUCGACCCGUCCACGUCCGGCUCUGGCGCAGAUCCAGUGAGGUCUUGCGGGUGUCAGCUGUUGUGACUGGUGAACGGCCGUUGGAUGCCCUCACCUCUGACAAUGUCGAGAGCACCAGCACCACGUGGCCCGAGCAGCAAUAUGCGCUUGGAGAGUUUGAUAUCCAUCUUGUGCGAUAGGGCGACGGGAAUGAAUUACAUUUCAA